AUGGCUGAAAAGGAGGCUACCGUGUAUAUUGUGGAUGUCGGGCACUCUAUGGGGAAGUGCCGCGGUGGAAGAACCAUCUCAGAUCUAGAUUGGAUGAUGCUUUAUGUCUGGGAUAGGAUCACGACAACGGUAGGCAAGUUCUCAAGGGUUUCUACAGGCCGAAAGACGGCCACUGUUGGGGUCGUUGGCUUGAGGACAGAUGGCUCUUCAAAUCCACUGUGGGAGAAGGAUGAGGAAGAGAGCUACGCUCAUUUGUCAGUUUUUCAAGAGAUUGGACAGAUGUUGAUGCCUGAUAUUCGCAAAUUACGCGACUUGGUCAAGCCAAGUAAUACAAAUCAAGGAGACGCUAAUACUUAUGAAGCAAUAUCGUCUAUCAUUCUGGCCAUAGACAUGAUUGUGCGAUACUGCAAAAGACUAAAAUACAAGCGCAAAAUUGUGCUUGUCACAGAUGGAAGAAGCACGAUGGACUCGGAUGGUAUUGACAGCAUUGUCAGCAAGAUUAAGGAAGAAGGCAUAGAACUUGUGAUCCUGGGCGUGGACUUUGAUGAUCCAGAUUACGGGUUUAAAGAGGAGGAUAAAGACCCGUUCAAAACUAAAAAUGAAUCCGUCCUAAAAAUAUUAGCCGAUGACGCUGAUGGAGCAUACGGAACCCUUGCCCAGGCCGUCGAGGAAAUGACUACUCCGCGAAUCAAGGUCGUAAGAGGGAUUCCGUCUUUCAGAGGUGAUUUACGGCUAGGAGAUCCUUCGCAAUAUUCAACGGGUUUGACCAUCCAAGUGGAGAGGUAUUAUCGAACCUACGUCGCACGUCCACCAGCCGCAAGCGCGUUUGCCUUAUCCAUUGCACCUCCCAAGGGACAGAGUACAGCGGAAUCAUCUGUGACCUUACAGAACGGAGACUCAACUGUUGAAACCGCUAAUGCGAGUAAUAAUCUAUCGGGCGUUCGAAACGCUCGUUCGUACCAGGUUAUUGAUGAAAACGCACCAGGAGGAAAAAAAGAAGUCGAACGGGACGACCUUGCAAAAGGUUACGAGUACGGUCGCACUGCAGUGCAUAUUAGUGAAUCGGAUGAAGUUAUCACCAAGCUCGACACCACUGCCGCACUCGAGUUCAUUGGAUUCAUACAAAGCGAAAACUAUGAGCGCUACAUGAACAUGUCAACUUCUAACGUCAUAAUAGCACAAAAAAUAAACGACAAGGCCAUUCUAGCUCUAUCUUCCAUGAUUCAUGCGCUUUUUGAACUAGAAUACUAUGCUAUUGGGAGAUUGGUUACCAAGGAUGGAAAACCACCUCUGAUGGUACUCCUUGCGCCAUUAAUUGAAACAGACUUUGAAUGCCUUCUAGAAGUGCAACUCCCAUUUGCUGAAGAUACUAGAUCUUAUCGCUUUCCUCCCCUCGACAAGAUAGUCACGGUAUCGGGGAAAGUGGUGAAGGAGCACCGAAACCUUCCGAGUGACGAUCUUCUGGAAACAAUGGGUAAAUAUGUUGAGGAUAUGGAUCUCUCUGAGUUUGAUGAAAACGGGGACCCAUUUCAAUCAUUGGCGCUAGAAGACUGUUACUCGCCUCUUGUUCAUCGAAUUGAUCAGGCGAUUCGUUGGCGUGCCGUGCACCCGACUAAACCUCUUCCUCCAGUCCCCAAGGUCUUGGAAAAGCUAUCACAUUGGCCAGAGGAGUUGGUCAAAAAGAGCCAUGAUUCUUUAAGAGAUCUUAUUUCCAUUUCUGCCGUGAAAAAGGUUCCACCUAAAGCGAAAGGCCGUAAACGACGUCGAGAAGCUGACAAGCCACUCUCGGGGCUGAAUGUUGACGAUCUACUUCGUGGCGAAAAGCGUCUCAAAAUAUCACCAGAAAAUCCUAUACCUGAAUUCAAGCAAACUCUGGCAAACACAGAAGAUAUCAGCGCAAUCAGUGAUGCAGUCAAACAAAUGUCCGCCAUCAUUGAAGAUCAAAUCAGACAGAGUCUCGGUGAUAUCAAUUAUGACCGAGCUAUUGAAGGUAUAGGGACCAUGAGAGAGGAAUUGAUCGCGUAUGAAGAGCCAGGUUUGUAUAAUGACUUCAUUCGGGGUUUGAAGGAAAAGUUACUGGAUGAUAAGCUGGGGGGAGAUAGAAGAGAAAUGUGGUGGCUUAUCCGAAAAAGUAGAUUGGGCUUAAUUGAUCAAAAGGCUUUGGAUAUAUCAGACAUAACAGAGGAACAAGCUCGAGAGUUUUUGUCCUCUCGGCCUACUACAGUAUAGGCGAUCAUUGCAACCCGUUCCCUGAUGAUUAUUUUCCUCUCAGGUUUCAAGCAGGACUCAUCAAUAGGCGUACAGGUG